CAUGCGAGUCGCGUUCCUUGCUCGAUCGCUGUUUCCCUUGAUUUAUUGAAGUUCGCCGUGGAAAAGGUUUUCUUCCCUUCGCAGUUCGCUGAUCGACCGCCAAAUACUUGUCAGCAUACUUAGGUUCACCUGUUACAGAAAAUGCGUGCCGUAGCUGUAUGGACCGCUUUCGUGUUAGCGUACUCGAACAGCCCAUUCGCGUUCGGUAUACGAUACAUCGAUCCGAUCUCAGCGCAAUCAGGGAACUCCGGCGACAUCGCCGAGAAGCGCGUUGACCUGACCGAGCCGACAUGCGAAGAAUUGAGGGCAAUGUGGAGGUAUACCAAACGACAGAGCAGGGCUGCUAAAACCACCACUGGCUACUCUCUUUACCCUGAUCCAUUUUCCUACAACGUAUGGAAGUCUUACUCCGAACGGACCAAGCCUCCUCUUAGCUAUCGAGGAAGAUUCACUGGAAGACCUCGUAACCGAGCCGGUGGUAACGCACCUAUUUAUGGAAGAAUGGUCCAUAAAGCGCCGGCAGGAAGUCGGCUAAGAAACGGUAUGCGACAUUCUCCCCGGCCUUUCGAUAAGAUCCCUCGUUUAUACGGCACGGUUAAUUCGUAUCCACCAUCGUCGAGGACACGUAUGACCAGCUAUCGCGCGGCGGGUGGUGGCUCACCUCCUCUGUCUCAGGUUCCUCAAGCCGGCAAGUUUCAACAGCUGAUGGAACUGCUUCAAGCUGAACGCGCCCGGGAAGUACAGGAGCAACGCAAGGCGGAUAAGACUUCCAUCUUCAAAGAUGCGAUGAACGACGAUCAAUUUUUAAACAUGCAACAUUCCCGUAAGCAAUUUGCGAAGCCGACAGUGCGAAUUCCGACGGAAAUCAAUUACGAUUUUGGCGAGGGACGGUAUACGUCGAACGUGCCCAAUAUUGGACAGAUCUGGUCGAGAAGCGAACCUGAGUCUCGAGAAUACAUGUUGCAUUAGUACGAUUUAUUAGGAAAAGGCUGAAAGAAAAUUGGAUGUAUCGGUUCAUCCGACACAUUUAUACGCGACAGGACGCAAAAAUGAUUCGCAUCUGCUUCUCUCUCGAAAUCUCUGACAUCUUGAAACUAACGUGAAUCAAGCUUCUUGCGUUUGUAGCGAUGAGUAUCGUAACCCACCCCCUGGAUGGAUUUCAAUGAUUUCGUUGCCACUUCGUCCUCCUCUAGGGUUGCUCGAGCCCUUGGUUAUCUUAAGCUCGUACCACCGAGAUCUCGAUCUUUCUGUUCUCUUCUAACAGUUAGAGUCUAACGUUACCUGUGCCCUUUAAGAAAAAAAAAAAAAAAAAAAAAC